AUGGCGCCGACAAUUCAAUACGAAAUCUCAAAUCCCCCAACCGACGCGGUCUCUGCAGUUAAGUUUGCGCCAGGCUCUCCGACACGGCUAUUAGUUUCCUCAUGGGAUAGGAAGGUCUAUCUGUACGAAAUAUCAAGCGAGAAUGAGAAUGGAGACCUGAUUCAGGCGUAUACGCACCGCGCGCCAGUCCUGGAUGUAUGUUUUGGAAAGGACGACAAUGAAGCUUUUACCGCGGGGAUGGAUUGGCAGGUGAAGAGGUUGAACCUGGAGACUGGUGAGCAGGAUACGUUAAGUGCGCAUACUGCGCCUGUUAAAUCGGUGGUGUAUAGCAGAGAACACUCAUUACUAGUCUCAGCCUCUUGGGACUCAACCCUCCAUUUCCACGACGUAUCCAGCCCCUCAAACGAACCCAUAAAGAUAACCCUCCCAGCAAAACCCCAUUCCCUCUCCAUCACCGCCUCCAAAUUAGUCGUUGCCAUGGCCUCCCGCCUCGUCUACAUCUACGAUCUCCAAGACACACUGGAACUAGCAGCGCAAUCAAACGGCGCAGCUCCAGAUAUCAAACCCUGGCAACAGCGAGAAUCGUCCUUGAAAUUCAUGACGAGAGCCGUGGCGUGCAUGCCCAAUGAUGAUGGAUACGCAAGUAGCAGUAUUGAGGGCCGUGUGGCUGUGGAAUGGUUCGACCCGUCUACAGAAUCACAGGCGAGGAAAUACGCUUUUAAAUGCCAUAGACAGCCAGAUCCUGAAGGUGAUGGAACGGAUAUAGUUUAUCCUGUAAACGCUCUGGCUUUCCAUCCUGUAUACGGCACUUUCGCUUCAGGUGGUGGAGAUGGUGUCGUAGCGCUAUGGGAUGCGAAUGCUAAGAGGAGAAUUCGACAGUAUCAGAAAUAUCCGCAGAGUGUGGCGGCACUUGGGUUUUCUAGUGACGGAAAGUUCUUGGCUAUUGGUGUAUGUCCAGGCUUUGAGAAUGGUCAGGAGGAAUAUAGUGGUGAGGGUGUGACCAAGAUUUACAUCAGAGAGCUGGGUGAGACUGAGGCGAAGGGGAAGGCGCCUAAGUGA